AUGAUAGUUUUGACUGUUCCUUCCGAUGUGUUACCCCUUUCUAAAGCACUUCUUCUUGAUAUGAUUGGCCAGGUAAUGUGGACAUUUUCCUUAUACUUGGAAGCUGUUGUCAUACUUCCUCAGCUGGUCUUGUUGCAAAGGACAAGAAAUAUCGACAAUUUGACCGGGCAAUAUGUUCUUCUCCUUGGUGCCUACCGAGCAUUGUACAUCUUGAACUGGAUUUAUCGCUACUUCACUGAGCCACACUUUGUCCGUUGGAUAACUUGGAUUUCUGGGCUUGUUCAGACAUUGUUUUAUGCCGAUUUCUUUUAUUACUACUUCCAAAGCUGGAAGAACAACGUAAAGCUGCAGUUACCAGCUUAA